CACAGAUAAAAGCCAUAAAGUCAUAUAUGUAAAAUAAUAACAGAGAAGAAGGAAGUAUGAAAUAAUUUAACGCUUAAAGAGAUAUCUUUAGAAUGUAGCUGCUCUGGUAUAGGUGCGCUGUCCCUUUAAGAGGGUUGUCUCUGGUGAUGAAACAAAAGAGAAACAAGGAAGUCAGCAUGUUGGUGUGUGGAUGUGACUGAAGAACACCGGGACGACACAGAAGUCAUAGGGCUGGGGUCUCCUUCAUACAUGCAGGUAUGUGUGCUCUGAACAGAAAGAUUCUCAUUUAAUAAAAAGGCCUUAUAUUUGAAGAUGCCAAGUACCCCAAAUUACCUGUGGGAGUUAGAAGAUCUAUUGGGUCAAGGUGCUACUGCCAGUGUGUACAAGGCACGGAAUAAGAAGUCUGGAGAGGAAGUGGCAGUCAAGGUGUUUAAUCACACAAGUUACCUCCGGCCGUUUGAAGUACAGAUGAGAGAGUUUGAGAUGCUGGGGAAACUCAACCACAUCAAUAUUGUCAAGCUCUUUGCUGUAGAGGAAACUGGCAGCCCUAAACAGAAGGUUCUGGUCAUGGAGUACUGCUCAAGUGGGAGUCUUCUGUCUGUCCUGGAGGAACCAGAAAAUGCUUUUGGACUUUCCGAGUCAGAGUUUCUGAUUGUGGUACAGUGUGUGGUGGCAGGGAUGAAUCACUUACGUGAGAAUGGAAUUGUGCACAGGGACAUCAAACCUGGAAACAUUAUGCGUUCACUUGGAGAGGAUGGGCGUAGUAUUUACAAGCUGACUGACUUUGGUGCUGCUCGACAGCUUCAAGAUCAUGAGACAUUCAUAUCUCUUUAUGGAACAGAAGAAUAUUUGCAUCCUGAUAUGUAUGAAAGAGCAGUCUUGAGAAAACCCCAACAGAAGGUUUAUGGCGUCACGGUGGACCUUUGGAGUAUUGGAGUUACCUUUUAUCAUGCUGCCUGUGGUAGCCUGCCCUUCAUCCCUUAUGGUGGACCUCGAAAUAACAAGGAGAUUAUGCACAAAAUUACAGCAGAAAAGCCACCAGGGGCCAUUGCAGGAGUGCAACGGAAAGAAAAUGGACCCAUUGAGUGGAUUUCUGAAUUGCCAGUCACCUGUCGCCUUUCAGACGGAUUGAGGACACAGUCGAAAGCCAUUCUUGCAAAUAUCCUUGAAGCUGACCAGGAGAAAUGCUGGGGCUUUGAUCAGUUUUUUGCCGAGACCAACAACAUUCUAGAGAGGAUGGUCAUCUACGUGUUCUCCUUGCCACAAGCCAGAAUGCACAAGAUUUAUAUACAUCAUUAUAACUCAGUGGCUAUCUAUAUGGAAAUGGUGGCCAAACAAACUGGAAUUGCGCCAGAAAGACAGACUUAUUUCUAUGAAGGCCAUCUGUACCCAGUCAAUCCAACCUUACAAGUUCACCAUCUUCCGAAGACAGCAGAACAAUAUCAGUUCAUAUUAAUUGGUGGUGAGAGUGAAGGACCAAUGGGAGUCAUUUACAAAGACCCUGCAUUUGACUUUCCCAGGUUUCUGCCCUCUGUCGAUGUUCCUGUUGACUGUUCUGUUGCAAAAAAUGUUGUCAGUGCUGUUUACCAGACGUUGCGAGUGACGGAGUCGCUGUUGACAUGUCAAGAAUUUAUACUCCGAGGAACAUAUUGGCUUAUUGAGAAUCUGAAAGCAGAAUGCCGCAGGAUGGCGGAGAAGAAAUCAGCCGUGAUGUCAUACUAUAACUGCAUGUGCAGCAUUAACAGCAGAAGCACCAGACUAUACAAUGCUGCCUAUAAAGAAUCUGACAAGCAGGAUCAAGGGCAUUGUCAGAAGAAGCUACAGUUAAUAAGGAACACUCUGUCCAGUUGCACUCACAGUCCAGAAAAAGAGAGCAAGCUUGGGUUCUUGCUUUUAGAAGUUACUAAAGACCAAGACCAUAUUCGUGGGGACACCAGCACUGAUCGUCUCAAGCACUGUCUGCAAAAAAUGAAGCUGAUCUUCAAGCAAUUUAAGAAACGAAAACAUCAUCCGAGACUUUUAUACAAUGAAGAACAGAUACAUAAGCUGGAUAAAAUAAAUUUAGGUAACUUAGCAAAAAAGGUUCUGAUCAUAUUUCAAGCAGAAGUUGUGCAGAAAUAUCAAGCAGCUUUAUCAGAACACAGCAGCAGGAUAAGGACAAUCACUGAAAUUCGGAACCACUUAGGACUCGUGAAUGGAUAUUUGGCGACCUGUGUUCAAGACCUGCAGAGUUAUGAGGAGGCUCUUAACAAUACUGUGGACAGAUUAGCCCAAAGAAUUCAACAGACAUGUUUAGAACAACCAAAUCUUAGUCCCAUAUCCUUAUAUCAUGGUCCAGAACAACAGGAGCUAACAGUUGGAAUGCUUAAACUGCGAGAUCAAAUGAAGAGUGUCUCAUAUGAAUUAGAAAGAAACAACAGUAUUAUAGAAAGGUUGAACGCAUCCUGAUCUGUGAGCACGGGAGCAUGGGACAAUGUCUAUACAUUUUGUAACCAGGCAACUCCAGGAAAUCGUCUGGAACGUAUUUAACAGAAUCGAAUAAUGUGAACAUGUUUUCAUUACAUUUUCUUCAUACACUUGAAAGUAAAGGAAGAGAUCUCCAGCCAUCUGAAACUGAGGAAUGUGUAGACUUUUCCUAGGAGAUGACAUUUAUGGGGCGCAGUGCUGUUUCUAUUGAGAUAGACUUGGAUUUAGUUCGGUCUUUCUUACAAUGUCUUGGGGAAAGCUGUCAACAUAAAUCAUGUUUUAAUCUCA